AUGGACGCUUCAUUAGUCCCUGCUAUGACAGGUACAAAUGAAGCGCGGACUCUUUCCUAUAUUCUUUCACCUAUCGAUUCUUCACCUUUAUCACAUCCUUUAAAUAAUUUGGAAACCACUAGUGAAUCUAUUAACUUAGUACCAAAAUUAUCAAAUUUCAACUCAAAAGGCAUUGCUGUAUCAGUUUCAUAUAUGACAGAAAAUAAUGAAAGAAAGAAUAGUGAGAGCACCAUAAAAAAUUGUGAGAUUACUCAGAAAAACACCAUAUCCUCUUCCAUAUUUGCUUAUCACUCUAUGUCAAUCGAUAUAGAAAAACAGAAAUCCCAGACAUCUAUCGUUAUACAAUCAGGUACGAGAUCAGACGAUGAUCAUUGUAUCAACCCUAAAAAGACUAAUAAUGUUCAGUGUUUUCGUUCUGUAUCAUCACCGCAAUUGACUAUUAAACCUCUAACACGUUCAAAGGUCUAUCGGAAAGCAUCGCUAAAAUCUUCUACAAAUAAAUCAAAUUUACAGUCUGAUCUCUCUACCUUUACAAUAGACAACUUCAACGUUGUUUCUAAUAUAAAAACAAUGAAUACUGCUAACAACAACAAAUGUAUCUUAUCAAAAGCGAAUAAGUACAGAAAGACACCCGAACAAUGUCCCAUCCAAAACGAGACAUGCGGAAAGGCCAAGGAAAACGACAGCGGUAUUGCAAAUUCAAAAAACAAGUGGAAUAUCGAAGAUGUUCAUAUAACAUGUAAUCCGUUAUCAACGCCGUAUCCAUAUUCGACACCUUGUCAGAAGACAGCGAGUGGAACGGUAACAGAAUCGCAAGAUGAGGAACCAAAGAGUCGUAGUUGCGGAAGUUUCUUACCAAUCCUCUCGUUAAUUCCCCAAACAGUUAUUGGCUUUCAAUAUUUGAGUCCGAAAAUGAAGUUCUCUUGGUGGCGUAACAAGAUAUCGUGAAGACACGCUUAAACGACCGUUUGGCACGAUGGCCGCUUAAGUAGCGCGGUAACGACGACUCGAUGCCGAUCGGUCGAAAUAGCAGCAUGACUACAAAAGAACCUCUUUUACCUCGUAGUGAGUUCCCAACUCUUCUUCAUCAAUUAGAGGAAUCCUGUUAACGUUACACUCGCAGGUCACAAAAUCUAUCGCCCUUAAACCGUUUAACAUGAUAUAGGGUCGUAGAGGAAAGCGCAUGCAGCUAGAAAUUAACGAGCAUAAGUAGUUAUUUAAUUAUGCCGUAUAAAGAGAGAGAGAGAGAGAGAGAGAGAGAGAGAGAAAGUGAAAAAGAAAAAUAAACAAAAAAGAGAGGAGGAGAGAGUGAAUGAACGUAAGAAUGAACGUGUGUGUUUGGUUUGUUUGCUUGCUUAUGUGCGCUCCUCUGUGUGUGUGUGUGCGUGCGAUGUGUGUGUGAGAGAGAAAGAGAGAGGAUGUUCACGAUGCAUAUAUUUUCGGUUUUUUGCCGAUUAGAGUCUGUAUUUUGCAUGAUUGCGCUACUUUGUCUACGAUGCUAGAUCCUCUAGUCCAUGAAGUAUUCUUUUCUUAGACUGCAUUCACGUUAUAGGCAGUGAUCUCCAUUAUCUUUUUUACCAAGAAAAUAAUGCGAACAAAAUUUUUUCUCCUCGUACAACGCGCAAUUAGUUUGUUGUUCAUAAACAAAAAAAAAAUCAUAACGUAUGGAGAGAGAAAGGAAAAGAUCUGUUGCAAUGAUUUUCAUGAAAAUCUUUCUCUCCCUUUUCGUUGUAUUAAUCAAAAGUACGAACGAUACCGUAAGUAAAAUCUUGGCAAAAUUUCUUUUUUCUUUCACAGAUUCGUGUUGUAAUUAAAGGAUCAUCUUAUUUUCCACCCAUUGUUCGCAAUCGAUUUUUUAAUAAGAAUAUUACGAUAGUUAUAUUUCUAAACAAAUAUAUCUAAGAGAUGAUAUCAAAAUAAGAUAUCAUAUUAGCAAAAAUAAAAAAAAAAGAAAAUAAACAGUAUAUGAUAGUGUACAAAUUUAAGAAUUACAUCGAUAUAUCUUUGACAUGCUUUACGCCGAUUCUGAUAUACCAGGAAUGCUCGAUUUGUGAUAAGUAUAAUAAGUCAUGUGAUUUAUUUUAUAAAUUUUGUUUAAGUAUAUAUUUUUGUAAAUAGUUAUUUAUAAAAUUUUUAAUGAAUAAUUUAACAGUUCCAUUUUUUAUUGUAAUAAUUUAAUUGUAAUGUAUACAAAGAGAAAAUGUGUGCUCAUUUAAUUAACACACGUGAGCAACCAUUGUAAUAUUGUCUUCGCAAAACAUGGUCAUUCCUGGCGUAUGUUCUACUGAUUUAAGAACUAAAACUGAAUCCGUUAUUAAAUUUAGCUAGUUAAAAAUAGUUCAAAUUUUACGAUAGUCAUUCCUGUGUAUAUGAUUAUAAUUCUUUUGCCUUAUUUAUAUUAUGCUCAUAACCCUGCGAAAAAUGAUGAAAAAUUUAAUAAAUCAUGAUUCUUUAUUUCGAAGAAAUAUAUCAACGCAUGUAAAAGAAAAAAAAAUGUAAAAUCGUGAUCUGCUUAUUACUUUGAUAUAAUUUGAAAGUAUUAAUACCUAUUUAAUAGAGUACAAUAUCAGUUAAUGUGUUAAUUUCCUUUUCAUCUAAUUCUUCUACAAUAUUAUUGCAGUUAGUAUAAAUGCAGAUACGAAAGAGACUUCUAUCCAAUUCGUUUUUUAAACUGUUUGUUUUAUAACUUGUAAUUAAUAAAUAAUUUAUGAGUUUGUAUUUUCUUGUAUUUUUUAUUUAAAUGAAAUAUUAGCAUUUAUUUUUAUGUAUUUUUUCACAAGGAAGCUUUAUAAAAAUACAGCUGAUGAUAAUUAUGAUAGUCUGGAUAUUCUUAAUAAAAUUAUAUAGAGUAAUUCUAAAGGAAUGUUAACAAAUUUACUGGCAUAUUUUACACAUCAAAACUAAGAAAGAAGUCCCAAUGAAAAUUCCAAGUUCAAAAUGAGUAUACCAAAUAAUUACUAAUUGCUAAUUUCUACAUCUAUUAGAACAAGUGUUCUAUGUAUUCCCGCGAUUACUACAAAUCUAAAACUUUUCUUUUAAUUGUAAUGCAUAAUAUAUGCUUGUGAAUUUUUAGAUAUCCCUGUAAAAUUAUCCUGUAUAAAAUUCUAAUCUUUUUUCAAAUCUUUCUCUCAAUGCACGUAAAAUAUUCAAUUAGUUAUGAGAUAAUGAAAUAGAGAUUAUAAAUACAUUUGACCUUUACUUGCAGAAUUGGACAAAGUAAAUGUAUUAACGAUCAUAAUGGAAAUAUAUAUAUAUGACUUAUAAUACUUACUGUGAUCACUUCGCCUUUUAGAUAAAAUUUAUUUAUGGCUAUGCAUAUAGCACAUACAAAUUGACUUUACUUUUAAAAAUUUUAAUAUAUUUACUUUUGUAACGAAAGGAAUCGAUUAAUAAUGUAAUAAUGUUAAAUAUAUACACAUACUAUUGUAGAUAAUAUACAUCAUAGUAUCAUUGAGUGCUCUGAACUACAUAAUCCGUGACUAUAAAUUACUGUUGCAUGCGAGGUAAUAUAAUUUCUGUACUAUAUCUAUAAAAUAAAGCUUAUAUUUAGUCAACUUA